AUGGGCGACGCGGCCGCGUGGUCGCCGGGCGUCGCGCGGCGGCCGCCGAAGAAGGGCGGGACGGGCGACCUGCGCGUCCGGCUCAAGGAGGACAAAUGGAACGGCCGCCUGUCGCUGGAGGGCCUGCCCCGCUACGACGCCAUGCGGGACCCGAACUGCCCGCGGGCCAUGAGCGCCAUCUUCAACGAGCAGCAGCGCGUCAAGGCGAACAAGCUGCGCCUCGAGGUCGGCGUCAAGCUGCGGGCCGCGCCCGGCGGCGGCGGCGGCGGCGAGUACGGCGCGCCGGGGCCCCGCGCGCGCGUGCCGGCGACGCGGCCCGUCGCGGAGCCCGUGCCGCUCCUGGGCAAGGGGCUGCCGCUGCUGGUCGUGCGCACGUCCGACGGCGGCGACGCGUCGGCGGCCGUGACCUACGAGAAGAUCGGCGCGGGCUACGGCACGGAGCUCGAGCUCGUGCGCCUCGCGCUCCAGCGGAACGAGGUGCUCCGCAUGGCCCACGAGCUCGUCACGGGCGACGACCCGCCGCCGCCGUCGCCCCUGGCGCACGACCUCGCCGACGACGACUCCAUGGUGCUGGCGAUCCAGGCCAAGGCCGCGGGGCCGCCGCGGGGUCUGGCGGGCCACGUCGACACGCUGCGGACUUUGACGAUGAAGAUCGCGACGUGCCUCGCGCGGCGGCGGAGCCUCCUCGGCAGCCACGCGCCGUCCUUCGACCUCGGCGGCACGCCCUACGUCUUCACCAUGCUCCGGGACGUCGAAUUUCUAGAAAACGUGGCGCGGAAGCUCGAUUUAGGGUUCGAGACCGCGAAGCGGAAUCCGCUCCUCCUGCCGCACGCGCACCCGGGCUUCGACGACCUGCGCGGCGACGACUACGUGCCAUCGGCGAAGAAGGGCCGGGGCGCCGUCGUCACGCUGCCCCACUACUACGGGCCGAAGACGGACGCGGAGCGGGCGCUGCUGGGCGAACUCCGCGCGAUGCCGCAGACGCGCGUCGACAAGUACGUCGCGGACGAGCGAAAGAGCCGCGACGACGCCGCCGCGCCCUACGUGCCCGGGUCCGCCUACGACGCCUCCCCCGAGCGCACGCCGAACAACGCCGUGACCUGGGCCGACGACGACCGCGCGCCGCGGUCGCCGGGCGCCGUCGGCUUCCCCGAGAAGAUCGAGGUCGACGGCUACGGCGACGGCGGGCCGGCGACGACGGGCCAGCUCGCGCCCGUGUGCUACGACUCGGGCGCCAACUACGCCGCCGUCGACGCGCCGCGGCGCCACCUCGCCUUCAUGCAGGCGGAGAUGCGCCGCGGCCGGAGGCGCCAGCGCGAGGCCGAGGACGCGCUCGCGAAGCUCAGCGGCGACAUGCUCGGCCUCACGCGCAGGAUCGACGACGUCCAGCUCGAGGCGCGGGGGAAGCCCCUCGCCUUCUCCCAGGACGUGCGCCUCGCGAAGCUGCGGGAGCGGCUCCGGGCGUUGGACGCGAAGCGGCGCGAGAAGAACCGCGUCAUCUUCUUCGAGCGCCAGGACCUCGUGCGCCGCGAGGCGCGCUGCCGCGAGCUCGAGGUCGAGCUCGAGACCGCGCGGCUCCGGGCCGAGUCGCGGCGCGAGCGGCGGCCGCGGUCCGCGCCGACGCGCCGCGAGGCGUUCGACGACUCCGACGACGACGACGACGACGGCGCGCCGUUCGUCGAGCCGCCGACGCCCGUCACCGAGGGCUUCCGCACGCCGGCGACGCCCGGCGGCGGGAACUUCCCGGACUCGCGCGGGUCGUCGUCCGGGCUCUCCGUGGACGCGCGGCGCAACCUCGAGCGGAGCCGCGCGCCGCGGACGCCGCCGCGGAGCCCGAAUUCCGGCGCGCAAAACGCGGGCGACUGGCACGCGCUCACGCCCCUGUCGCCGGAGCGGAAGACGCUCGCGAAGCAGCAGGCCAUGGACGUGGCCCUGGGCCGCACGCCGCCCGUGGAGCACCGCAAGUCCUACGCGCCGCCGCCGCAUCUCAAAGCGCCGCCGGAGCUCCCAACGGAGGUCGCGACGUCCGCGGAGCUCCUGCCGGACCUCGCGGAGACGCGGCUCCCCGCCGAGGUCGAGGGCGGCGACGUGCUCGCCGCGACGACGGAGCUCCACCCGCCGAAGCGCGACUCCCAGGUCGUCUGGGCGCCGUCGUCGCUCGAGGCCGGCGGCGGCGUCCGCGACGUCCGCGCCGACGACGACGACGCGCCGCCGCCGCCGCCCGCGGCGCCGCCGCCGGACGACGACGACGACGACGAGGAAGACCAGGACGCGUUCCCGCGCGGCGACGACGACGACGGCGGCGGCGGCGACGACGCGCCCGACGCGCCGCCGGCCGCCGUGUCCGCGCAGCCGUCGCUCGCGGAGACGAGCCGGCCGUCCGUGCUGACCUACGACACGGACGUCGACGAGUCCGCGACGGCGGCGACGCCCUUCGACCUCGCGUCGAACUCGUCGACGACGUCGCCGCACCCGUCGCCCCCGCGCGCCGCGCCGAAGAAGAAGUCCCUCGUCGCGGAGCCGUCCGUCGCCGAGGACGCGCUGUCCCCGAAGGAGACGGUGCAGUCCCUCGACGCGGGCGCGACCGUCGGCCCCCAGGCCACCGUGUACACGGACCUGCCCGCGCCGUCGCUCGACGAGCCCUCGGCGCAGUCCGCGGCGCGGUCGGCCGCGGCCGCGAGCGAGCCGUCGGCGGCCGAGCCGGCGUCCGAGGCGCCGAGCUCGCUGCCGGGGAACGCGGAGUCGGACACGGCGGCCUACUCGGAGCUGCCGUCCACGGUCGCGGCGGACAUGUCCGCGGCCGCGCGCGAUCUGCGCGAGGGCGCGGAGGCGGCCAUGGACCAGGACUCCGCCGCCGGGUUUUUACGGAACGAGGGCCUGCGGGCCGCCGCGCGCGAGGAGGCGACGGGCUUCCUCGCGGAGACGGCCGCGCGCGCGGCGGGCGCCGACGAGCCGUCGUCCGAGGACGCGUCGCGCGUCGACGCUCAGGUGGACGCGCAGGUGAGCUCCAUCGGCCCCAUGAGCGCGCCGGCGCCGCGCGCGACGGUCGCCCCGACGUUGCGCGCGACGGUGGGCCCGCGGCCGUCGUCCGCGGCGUCCGCGCGGCCGUCGUCCGCGAAGUCGCACGUGAGUCGCCUCACGAUGGGCUCGCAGCUGCCCCCGGCCUCCGCGGCGACGCCCGAGGACAUGUCGCACGCGCCGACCUGGGAUCUCGGCGAGCGCAGCGAGGCGACGGAGCCGACGGCGUCCGAGCCGACGGCGUCCGAGCCCACGCGCGACUACUCGUCGAUGCCGUCGACGGCGGUCGCGGAGCGCGACGCGGCCGCGGACUACCUCCAGCACGAGUCGCAGACCGCGGCGACGCGCUUGGAUUCCGCGGACGCGCUGCGCGCGGACGCCAGGGUGGCGUCGAACCGGCUCGACGCGGCCGACGGUUUAAGGCUGGCGGCGCGCGUCGCGUCGAGCCCGCAGUUCGAGCGGCCGGGCUCCGGCGACGCGAGCCAGCAGUUCCCGAGCCGCCAGACGUCGGGCCAGCCGACGCCGACGCCGUCGCGGCCGGGCACGGCGCCCAAGGCCGACGUCGUCGCCGCGGCGCCGCGGGCCGACGUCCUCGUCGUCGCCGAGCCCGCGGCCGCGCCCGCGCCGAGCCGCCCGGGCAGCCGGCCGGCGACGGCGCCGAGCGCGCCCCCGAGCCGCCCGGGCACGGCGCCCGCGCUCCUCAGCGGGCGCGCCGACGCGCCCCUCGACGACGACGACGACGGCCACCUCGAGGCGGCGCUGCUCCUCUUCGGCCUCGCGCCCGACGGCGCGCCCCCGGCGGCGCGCCCGCCGGCGCGCGACGCGCCCGAGCUCUUCGACGCGCGCGUCGGGCCGAGCCGGCCCGGCACGGCGCCGAGCCGCCCCGGUUCGCGCGCCGCGUCCGCGGGCGUGCGCCUCGGCGACAACCUCGUGCUCGAGAUCGACGAGUCGGGCCGCAUCGUCAUCGGCCCGGCGCAGCCCGGCACGCCCCUGGGCACGCCCCUGCGCCUCUUCGACGACGGCGUCGCCGUGCCGGGCACCGCGCCGCCGCCGCGGACCGCGCCGCGGCCCGGGGCCGACGAGCCGGCGGGCGCCGCGACGCCGCCGCCGCGGCGCCUCAUGUCGACGCGCGACGGCUCCGUCGCCGAGGUGCUCACCAUCGCCGCGCCGGCGCCGGGCGUCGCGCCCGCGGGCGUUCCGCGCGACCGCAAGCCGCAGAAGGCCGUGUCGUCCAUGGCCGACUUCUUCGUGCGCACGCCGACGCCGCCGCCGACGCCGCCGGCGCCCGAGCCGGCGCCGGCGCCCAAGCCCGCGACGCCGCCCGUCGUCAAGGUCUGGCGGCCGCCGGACUUUGGGGUGUCGCGGAAGACGGAGGUCUUCGACCCGCGCGCGCCCGUCUACCGCGACGAGGACAGCGAGUCCGAGGAGAGCGAGGAGGGCAUCGCCACGGAGAUGGUCCACGGCGUGCGCCGGCGCAUGGUCACGCAGGUCUACGACCCGCACCGCCGCGGCGCCGCGGGCGAGUCGGACUCGGAGUCGGACGAGCCGCCCGCGGAGGAGGAGGCCUCCGAGGACCCGGCGUCGCAGUCCGAGCCGCCGUCCGAGGACGACAUCAGGCGGGGGUCGUCGCUCGCGGCGUCGUCGCUCGCGUCCGGCGGCUCCGCGCUCGGCGCCGUCGACGAGGCGUCGCGCGGAGCCGUCGACGAGGCGUCGCGGUCGCGGUCCGCCGCGGACGACGAGUCGUUUCGCACGGCCGAGCAGGCGCCCGCGGAGCCGGCGGAGUUGGUGGUCCCAACGGCGGAGGAGCCGCACGCGCCCGUCGACGAGGAGCCGUCGCUCGCGCGCGUGUCCUUCGCCGCGUCCGUGCCCGAGACGCUGUCCGCGGAGCGGUCGGUCGCGUCGUCGUCCGCGCCGCCGGAGACGCUGUCCGCCGAGCGGUCCGGCGGCACGCUGGCGACGCCGAGCGACGCGACGCUCUCCGCCGAGCGGUCCUACGCGACGACGCCCGCGACGAGCGCGCGCGGGUCGUCCGCGCGCGACUCGUCCGACGACCUCGACGCGUACUCCGCGGGCGACUCGCUCCGGGGGCCGUCCGUGCUCGACGCGACUUCCAUGGCGACGACGCGCACGGCUUACACGGCCGAGGACGAGGAGGCGCGCGCGGACCAGGAGGAGGCGCGCCGCUUCCUCCGCCACGCGGCGCUCCGGGCCGAGGCGCUCGAGAUGCUCAUCGCCGAGGGCCGGCGCGCCAUGGCGAAGAACCAGCUUUCGGUGACGUCCGCGGCCGCCGAGUCCUACCUCGCGACGAUCUACGACGGCUACGCGGUCCACCCGAACGCGACGACGGCGCUCGCGGACUACGUCGACGACGCGACGCUCGCCUCCUUCGAGGAGAACCGGUCGUUGGAGACGGUCUCCGAGGAGGGCGAGGACGACGACCUCGGGGCCGCGGGGGGCGGCAUCGCCGGCGCCGCCGCGGCCUUUGGCAACAUGUUCUCGUCGUCGUCGUGCGAGCCGACGACGUCGGCCAGCGCCCUCGUCGACGCGUACCUGAAAUUUACCAGGAGCGAGCGGUAGGACGGAGCGACGGCGUCGUGCGAGCUCUUGACGCGCAGGAUCGCGUAGCUUCGCCGGAGCACCGCGAGGGCCUCCUCGAAGUCCUCGGGCGCGUCCAGGACGACGCCGAGCCGCAGAACGUCCGCGUUCUCCGCCGCGCGCGGCGUCUCGCAGCCGCCGUGUUCCGUCGCGCUCUCGAGCUUGUUGCGCAUCCUGCCGAAUGCCUUGGAGGGCGCGGGGAACGUGUCGAAGCCGUCGAAGAUGGCGACGAGCUCCUCGGAGAAGGUCGGGUUCGCCGCCCGGGCCAGGAGCGCGAGCGCCAUCGCGUACUCGAUCUCGUACUCGCCGCGGCUCUCCCUCACGAAGGGCCCGAGCGCCGGCAGGAGCCCGUCCGCGUCCUGCCGGGGCCGCGCGGCCGGGUAGCCGGCGCCGAGCGCGUGCAGGCGCGCGCGCGUCGAAGGGCCGACGGCCGCGUCGAUCCUCUCGUAGAUCGCGGCGUUGCCUACCAAGCACGUCGGUAACGAUUUUUCAUCGUUUUCC